AUGGCGCCUUCGGCAAAAGUAGCAAUUGGUCUAAGAAUUGGACAAACAUACUCGAGUAUCGCAAUCACAGCCAAAGAUGGACGAACGGACUGUAUUGCUAACGAAGAUGGAGAGAGGCAAAUCCCAACUAUGAUUGCUUUUAUGGGAGAUGAAGAGUUUACAGGAACUCAGGCGAAACUUCAAGCAUUAGGAAAUCCAAAGAAUACAAUCGCAAAGUUCAGGAAUUUGAUCGGUUUAAGCCUUGACAAUAUUCUUUCAGAAACAUCUCUUCCUACGUGUCCCAUAUCAAAUCUUGAUUCCGUUCCCGGAUAUAUAAUAACGCACAAUUUACAAGAGAAGUCUUACACAGUGUCUGAAAUAGCCACCAAAUAUAUUUCCCGACUGCGCGAAAGUGCCGAAGAUUUCCUUGGGCAAGCAGUGGACGGAGCUGUAUUAGCCAUUCCCUUAUACUUUACUCAGUCUCAGCGCGAAGCACUCCGACAAGCCGCUGAAGCGGCAGGAUUAAGAGUAUUACAAUUAAUUCACGAGCCCACUGCCGCUGCUGUUGCAUACUACCGAGAUGAAUCCAAAGAUGUGCUGGCUGUAAUUGUUGAUCUUGGAUCAGAGUCAAUAGACGUUACCGUAAUGUCAGUUCGUAGUGGAAUGUACACGAUUCUCGGCACCGCCCACUCGUCACAAGUUGGUGGUAAUGCCUUCGAUGAUUUAUUAGUCGCACAUUUCUCAUCCGAGUUUAAGCGUAAGACUGGAAUCGAUAUAUCGUCUAAUAAAAGAGCGUUGACGAAGUUAAAAAGCGCUGUAGAAAGUACAAAGAAGACGUUAAGUAGUUCCACAACAGCAUUGUGUUCCGUAGAGUCCUUAGCGGAAGGAAUCGAUUUCAACGGAAACAUUAACAGAACUAGGUUCGAGAUCAUGAGUAGGAAGCUAUUCGACAAGUGCGUCGAGUUCGUCAAAGAGGCAAUCAGCAACGUUGGGAUCGAGCCUGUUUCAGUUGAAGAGGUGAUCUUUAUUGGCGGAGCAAUACGCAUACCCAAAUUACAAGCACGCAUACGUGAUAUAUUUUCACAUCCGUCCACAGUUAUCCGUCAAGAGCUCGAACCAGAUGAAGUUAUCUCAUAUGGCUGUGCUUAUCAGGCUUCACUUUUAAUUAAUAUGACAAAUACAGACAUCGCUGAACGAAUAGGAAAGGAUAUUACGGUAACUCCUCAUCUGACCAAGCCCGUCGGAAUAAUAAACGCAAACGGAAAUUUUGUCGUGGUUGUACCAAAUAAUACACCAUUGCCAGUGAGGAGAGUUGUAGAAUUCUCAAUAAAUGAUGAUCAGCAUGAUUGUUAUAUUAGCGUAUGGGAAGGAGAAUUGAGGCUAGUCGAAAGUGAGAGGAGUACGAAUAAUAAAAGUCAAACUGGUGAAGAUGAGGACAAUGACAACACAGAAGAUAGUGAUGUUUCAACGAGUCCUGUUGCGACAGCCGAAAAACUGAUAGCUGAGAUUGCGUUGUAUGAGAUACAGGCUGGAAAAAAUGGAAUGAAAUCUGUAGAAUUUAGUAUCGAGAUAGAUGCGGAGAGGAAGUGUACAAUUGGCCUGAAAGACCAGGAGAGUGGGAAGACCGUCGAAGCAGUAGUAAACAGCUGA